AACCUAAAGACGCGCUGUAAACUCUGUAAACUCCGUGCUGUGUUCUGUGCUUAUUUUGUCAGCUUUAAAAUAUCAUUUCCACGGUUAAAUAUUUAUAUUAUGUAACAUCUUCUAGCGCGUAAUCCACAAUGGAAGACAUCAAAGGAUUUGACAAUUUCCUCAAAAAUGUGGAUGAGAUAAGCGAACUGGUGAAAGAGCUGUCGUCCGCUGACACGACUAGUCACGCGGGAGCUGUGGAGCGCGCGGACAGCUGGCUGGAGGCCUCUAAACGGAAGGAGUGUCAGACGGGAGCCGUCAACCGGACUGUAAUUAACUCAAACCCCUCUGCUGCAGAGGUACCAGCAGCCGGGACGGGUUUCUCCAGUGGUCCAGGCAGCAGCCAAGAGGCCUUCAUGGGGAUACUGGAGAAAGAUGCAGAGGAGAGGAGCAAGAGAAGGAGAUCGAAGGAGGAGAAAGCCAAAGUCCUGAAGACCAGAGGCAACACCGCCUUCUCCCAGGGAGACUACGAGGCCGCUGUGCAGUUUUACACCGAGGGACUGCAGCAGCUGCGAGACAUGCUGGAGCUCUACACCAACAGGGCACAGGCUCUCAUCAGACUGCAGAAGUACGCUGAGGCCAUCACUGACUGCGAGUGGGCUUUAAAGUGUAAUGAGAAGAGCGUGAAGGCGUACGUGCACAUGGGGCGGGCACGCCUGGGUCUCCACGACUACGCAAAGGCGAGGGAGUGCUAUGAGAAGAUCCUGGAGAUUGCGCCCGAGCGAGCGGCCAUGGUUAAAGAGUAUUUAUCCCAGGUGGAAUCGGCCGAGAGGAGGGAGUGCGAGGAGCGGAGAGCGUGGGAGGAAUGCCAGAAGGUACAAGAGGAGGCGAAGUCCAUGGCGACGGCAGCCACGGUGACGGGCGGGCUGCUGGAGAUCCUGCAGAAGCUGGGCAGGCCCGAUGAGAUGAGCCUGUAUUACUGCGGCGGAGUGGAGCUGCUGUCACAUGCCAUUACAGACUGCACUGGGCAGACGAUCUUCAGGUUACACAACGGCUUCAGUGUCAUCAACGACAACAACACCAUCGCCAGAUGUCUCUUGCAGAAGUCACAGGAGCCAUGUGCAGUAGACCUGUGCUUGGCUGUGCUGAAACUCUGGAAGGUUGUUUGCCAAGGAAAUGAGACGAAUCAGCAGCUGUUGAUGGAGUGGGCCUGCGUGAGAGAGAGUCUAGUGUGCCUCCUAGUUUCAUCCUCGGUAGCGGUGCGGCGCGAGUGUGUGACGCUGCUGAUUCUGUACUCACACACUCCUCACGGAAGGUCCCUGCUCACGGACAACCUGGAUUUGCACACGUUAGUUGAGCACCUGAUGAAAUGCCUACUCAGCGCGGGUGAAAGUGCUCAGGACACGAUGGUGCUGUCAGUGCUGGAGAGCCUCGCUCAGGAGAAGAAGUUCUGCCAGCAGAUAAGAGAAGACCUAUCCUCCAUCGUUUCUCCGUUUACAUGUAUCUUGAGAAGCACGAGUGGGCAGAACCAAAGAAUGCUCUCUCUCUCCAUAUCUGUCAUCGGACGUCUAAUUCACGACGACGUCAUCCGUAAAACUGUAUCCAGCAGUCAUGAAUGCUGGGAAGCCUUUCUUGUUGCCAUGGAGCAGUGGAUCAGUCGUGAAUACAGAGAUGCCCUCUACCCUCUCCUGGGCCUCAUGAUCAACCUCUCCUCUGAUCACUCCCCAGCCAUCCAGGACUGUGCUGUUGUGUGUAGCAGCAGGUGUUGUGAUUUGCUGACUGAUCCCAGUGGAGGCAUCAUCACGAGGGCAGUGGGCUUGUUGAGCAGACUUCUCCCCCAGUCUCCCGCUGCUCUCGAGGCGGCUGUGCAGUUUGGAGUCGUGAAGAAACUGCUGAAGAUCCUUAAGGCCCCGGGGCAGGACAGCACUAAGUACUCCAUCAGAGCCCUGGCUCAGUGCACGGCGGGCAGCCUGGACGCGCGGCAGCAGCUGGCCUCCAUGGACAGGAGGCUGCAGGUGCUGAGACGUCUGGUGUGUGAAGGUGAUGAGAGCGUGGCAGGGAAUGCUGCCCUGUGUCUGGGCCACUGUGUGUCUGUGCCCGGCGUUGCCCGCGGGCUCCUGGAGACCGACUGCAUCCUGCUGCUGUUGCGCCACGCCGCCGCCGACGCCAACGCUGACGCCCUGCAGCGCAACGCGGCCAUCGCCCUCGCCAGGCUGUGCCAGGCCGAUCCCCAGCACAUGGUGAGACUGCGGGAGCUCCAUGGACUAGGGAUCCUCCACUCCUGUAUGAAGCUCAUCGCCUGACCAGCAUCCCACCCAGAGCACAGCUCUCCUGCAGUACUGCCCCCCUCUGGAGCGGAUCCCACCCAGAGCACAGCUCUCCUGCAGUACUGCCCACCCCUGGAGCAGAUCCCACCCAGAGCACAGCUCUCCUGCAGUACUGCCCACCUCUGAUCUGUCUCUGGAGUGGAUCAACCCCCACGAUUGGUUCCGAUGACUCAUCUUCAGGAAGACCGAACCGAAGGGGCCAGAGGGCCAGAACACACACAGCUGCAGCAGUGAUGGAUGAUGGAUGAUUUUCCCUCCGUUUCAGAUAUCUCAUCAUCGUCAUCUCAACUGUGUGUCAUAACGAGUCCCCAAUGUUGUGUUUUUGUUUACUUCCAUCUGGUGGCCUUGCAAACUAAUAAACAGAUCUUCAGAGGA